AUGACCGACCGGCAAUCUUCGAGUGCCAGAAGGUCCGCGAGCGAGGCAAAGGGCGCCCCAGCGCAGGAUCUGAAAGAGCUGCUGUCGCAGCAUGAGGCGCUGCAGGCGGAGCAUGAGAAGUGCCUCAAGUCUCUGGACGAUUUGCGGGGUGAGCGAGCGGAGCUGCAGUCGCUGAAGCAGACCUGCACUCUGCUGCGGCGCGAAGCGGACCAGGCCAGGGCCAAGCUGGCGGUGGAGGUGGCCGGGAAGGCGGCCGCGGUGGCGCAGGCAACUCAGGACAAGGAAGCCGCCAAGGGACUGAAGAAGGCGCUUGCCCGGGAGCAGAUCCGCUUUGCAGAGGCCAGCUCGGAGCGAGCCAUGCUGGACUCCAAAGUGAAGGAGCUCGAGGAGCAGCUGCAGGGCGCCGGCCAAGAAAGGGCCACCGAGCGCGACUCGCAGCUCACGGAGCUCAGAUCGCGCCUGGCCGGGGAGGAGCCGGGAGGGCCAAGAGCUCCGCCGCCAGCUCAACCAGGCGCUGGAUGA